AUGACACCCGCCAUCAAGCUCAUUCCCGACAAGAAACUCUUUGUUUCCGAGCCAGACCCCCGAUGGUUCGGCAAUGAAUCCAAUGACGAGUUCAACCCUGAAUGGACCAAUGAAAAUUGGCUCAAGUCCAAAUUCCAUUUCAAUUUUGCAGAAUACCGCAACCCAGCAAAUCCUUCCUUUGGUGUGUUGAAGGUCAUGAAUGAUGAUCUCGUCCAGCCACACCGUGGAUUUGGAAGUCAUCCCCACAGGGAUAUGGAAAUUAUUACCUACAUUGUUCAGGGAGAAUUGACCCAUGAAGACAGCAUUGGAACCAAGGAAUCAUUGGGACGUGGUAGUAUCCAAUUCAUGACAGCAGGAAACGGUGUAGUACAUUCUGAGUUUAACCAUGGCGACAAACCUUUGAGGUUUAUUCAAACCUGGAUCAAUCCCAGAGCGUAUGAUCUCAAACCCAACUACGGAUCUUGCUCGGGAAGUGCUGAAGGACGCAAAAAUCAACUGCAACAUUUGGUAUCUGAUGUUGACAACAAGGGUGUGGAAACUCCCGUCAAGAUUUCACAAGAUGUCGAUUGUUUCGCAUCCGAGAUGGACUUAGGACAAAAAGUAAUGCAUGAAUUGCCAAAGGGUCGUCAAGCUUACUUGGUCUGCCUGGAAGGCAAGGUCAACGUAAACGGAAACGAUCUCAAUCGUCAUGACGCCUGUGAGAUUACUGGUGGAGGUCCUAUUGAGAUUGAAGCAACCGAUGUGGAGGAAACUGAGAAUGGCAAGGUGGCACACGUUCUCAUGUUCGCCAUGAAGGAAGUGCCAGGUAGUGGUCGAAAGGAUGUCUAG